AUGGGGAUUCCCGCCGUCGCUACCGGCAGCAACGCGGGCACUACCCAGAACGACGACGGGCCCCCCAGCUCGCACGAAUCGCCAUACGUCUUUGGCCUCUACAAACAUCUUACGAAUGACUUGGGCUUCAAUGUCAAAGUAGUACUCCCCAGCUCCCAGAAAUCCUGGAUAGGGAAAGCCUUCCACAUCAAGGAGAUCGUGACGGGCCAAUACUAUUACCCCACAGAACCAUAUGGCUACGGAGAAACCUCCGAAGUCUCGCGUCCGCUGAAGGAAGGUGAAGUGGCUGAAUGGAUAUUGUUGAACGGUGUCAGUCUUACCUGCGCAAACGUUGGCCUCUACAACCUCUACCGUGGCGAGAUUGAUUAUGUGAUCAGUGGUCCAAACCUCGGACGCAAUUCAUCUGCGGCCUUCGCCAUGUCCUCUGGCACCAUCGGAGCAGCGUUAUCAGGUGCUUUGACGGGUGCGCGCGCCCUCGCGCUCUCCUACGGCACCGUCGUGCACCCGACGCCAGAGGAAUGGCUUGAGCCGGCGCACCAGCUCGCCAUGCAAAUCAUCAAGGAGCUCAUCGACGGGUGGGACACGCGUCUCCCCAAUAAAGCGACGCAUGGAAACAGCCUCUACAAUAUCAACAUCCCGCUCAUCUCUGAGCUGCUCGCUGGGAACGGCCUGCCCGUGUACUGGACUACCCUCUGGCGCAACUCGUACAGCGCGCUGUUCAAAGCCAUCCCGCCUCCCGAACCCACUGCAAAUGCGCAGCCUACGGCGCGCGACGUACCCGCUGCAGGUCCCGACGCGCCUGAGGCGGAUCCCAAGGGCGAGGCGAAGGAUCUCGUUACUUCAAUUGCGUCCCCUCUAGCCUUCAAGUGGAGCCCAGUUAUGGAGGGCAUCGUUCGCCCUGACCUCGCAACGGUCCCCGAGGGCACGGACGCCUGGGCAAUCCACAAGGGCUACGCGAGCGUCACUCCUCUGCAUGCUGCGUUUGCAGAGCCUGUGGGGAAUGGCAGAUUGGCUCUGGAGGAUCGCAAGUGGAAGUUGUAG